UUUUAUCAACCAUUAGAUUCAUUUUCCAAUGGACGGUCUAGAUUAGCUUUUACACCAUUACUAAAGAAUCCUAAAACCCCGCGAAGAAGAGAAUCAAACCAAAAAUCCCUUACGAAGAAUUCCAGAUGCUCUCUUAAACCCUAGGAAAACCCCCCAACCUUUGCUACUCGUGAGUCCCGAGUUCUUCAUGGCACGUCUCUUCAGAUUUCUGAGAAGAACAGUGAUUAGUUCAUCGCCUUCGAUUUUUAGCCGAAACCCUAGAACAUGUGUUCUGUCAAAUCAAAAUGGGACUAUUGGUUUGUUGACGAGCCGUAAGUUUCUUAGCUCGGGGGGUUAUGUGUCGGAAAUGAGGAAAUCAGCUUUCGAGGGUAACAUUCUCCGGUUAAUUCGUUCUGAGAUUCAGUCCGAGCUCGAUCACUCGCCUCCUCUUCAGCCUGAGGAGAGGUUUGGCCCAUUCACAGUGGAAGAGCGGCCGGGGGAGCAAUGGAUUAGCUUGAGAAGAAAAUUUGGGGACAAGGAAGAUAUUAAAAUCGAAGCAACCAUGUUUGAUGGAUCAGUUCCAUCAUCAAAAUCUACAAGCAGCGACCCUGAAGAUGUUCAGCUUCAUAUUACUUUCAUUGUCAACAUCUCUAAGGGUGAUGGUCAGACAUUUGAGAUCAUGUGUUCUGCUUGGCCUGAUACCAUACAGAUCUCCAAGUUCUUUGUUCGUAAAUACAGCAAGAACUCACCAAAUGCCUAUAUUGGACCAGAAUUCCAGGAAAUGGAAGAGGAACUUCAAGACUCGGUUUAUCGUUUUUUGGAGGAUAGAGGUAUAGGUGAUGAUCUUGCUGAGUUCUUGCAUCAGUACAUGAAGAACAAAGAUAAAGCUGAGUAUAUUAGAUGGAUGGAGACUGUUAAAUCUUAUGUUGAGCAAAAAUGAAACCUUCUGAUUACCACAUUCUUAAGCAUCCAAUGAAUGUUCCCUUGGAUAUGGGUUUUAUAUAGAAUUUUAUUGGCAUGGUUCUUAGUUUCCAGAGUUAUGUGACAUGUAUGGAUCUAAUAUGAUAUAAUUGCGUACAUACUUGUUCCCUU